AUGUCGACGAGGAAGCGCUCGGAUCAAGGGACGUGGCUCGCGGCCAUUCCCAACCAUCAGCAACCUCGUCAACCGCCCCAUGACUGUCGCCUGCAUCGGCAUUAUCCCCAACGCAGUAACAUCCAGCAACAACAGCCGCAACAACAUCUGCAGCAGCAUCAUCAUCAUCAGCAGCAGCAGCCGCCACCUCCGGCUCCACCGACACAAUAUCAAACGUUACCCUCGAACCAUAGACACAAACACCAUCCACGUUAUCAUCUUUAUCAAUCGCAUCAGCCGAGAUCCGCGUCGUUCUCGUCGUUACACAACGUGGUCGAAGGUAGCGGUAGAUGUUCGUCGUUACCGAGGGGUUUGCGGUAUUCGUUGAAAAGUCCUGCGAGAUCCUCGCCUUCGCCCUCGCCCUCGCCCUCGCCCACACCCUCCCCGUCACCCACUACGUCUCGCAGAGUGACACCGUCACCGCCCGCGGCGACUGUUCGAACAAUCCCGCCCCAAGACAUCCGCCAUUUCCAACAACAUCCGCUUCCCCGUACCGAGCGGUGCUGUUGGGGUCUUCUACCGCGACGUUGGUUCACCUGUCGAGCGAAAGGUACUGCAGGGAUUGACUUUGUCUCGCGUAUCGCUUUCCCUCUCAUGUUCAUCCUGUUUAAUCUGGGCUACUGGUCCACCUAUCUGUUCCAAGGUGACGAAGGCGAUUACAUGCAUAAGUAA